CUGCCUUCCCCCAGGUCCCUGGCAGUUGGUGGGCAAGCCUCUUGGGCAGCUCUGGGUGAUGAAACUGAUCACAGCAGCAGGAGAAUGGGACUGUGGAUGCUCGAGCCCCCACCCCCACCCUCAAACCCCCACCUUCACCUUUGCUUCCUCUCCCAGGGGCUCAAAGUCUGGCAGGAGGAAGUAGGGGCAGCAACUGCUGGGCAGCCUCGCCGGGAAGAUGUGGCUGCUCCUGCUCCUCGUGGCCUUUCUCCUGUCCCCCAGGGCUCAGGCAGGGCAGAUCAUCGGAGGCCGAGAGGCCAGGCCCCAUUCCCGCCCCUACAUGGCAUAUAUUCAGAUCCGAAGUCCAGUAGGUGUGAAAGUUUGUGGGGGGUUCCUGGUGCGUGAAGACUUCGUGAUGACAGCAGCUCACUGCUUGGGAAGCCAAAUAAAUGUCAUCCUGGGGGCCCACAACAUCAGGACACUGGAAAGCACCCAGCAGCGCAUCCCUGUGCUCAGAUCCAUCCCCCACCCCAGAUACAGUCAGCAGAACAAGAGCAAUGACAUCAUGUUACUGCAGCUGGCAAACAGAGCUCAACCUAAUCGAUUUGUGAGGCCGGUGCCUCUGCCUCAGACUCAAAACAGACUGAGACCUGGGACCAAGUGCACCGUGGCUGGCUGGGGCCUGAUCGGCCUGAACACAAGAACAGACACGCUUCAGUGUGUGCAGCUGAGGGUGCAGAGGGAUAGGGUGUGCAGGAGACGCUUCAUGUUUUACAAUGGCCGGACACAGAUUUGCGUGGGGGACCCAAGACAGAGGAAGUCUGCCUUUCUGGGGGACUCCGGUGGCCCCCUUGUGUGUAACAAUGUGGCCCAGGGUAUUGUCUCCUAUGGAGACAGGAUGGGGACCCCUCCAGCAGUCUUCACCAGAAUUUCCAGCUUCCUGCCCUGGAUAAGGAGAACAAUGAGACGCUUCCAAGAGUGGAGACCAGAGUGACAUCCCACGAGACUGACUCUCCUUCUCUGGGGCAGAGCCCAGCUCCAGGGCAGUUCCCAGAGCCUUAAUAAAUGUCCUAGUCUGGAGUGGA